AUAACUUUUUCUGUUUAGUUUUUUCUGCGUAAAUAAGCUGUAAACAUGACCAAGGACACUAAGUAAAGUUAAAACAAACAACGAUUCUUGGCCUAUUUGAGCCACUCAAUGUUACUUACAUCCAGUCAUACAAUUUUCACGCUUUGAAAUUAAAUUAAUUUACUGUUUUUGCAGUUACGCCGUUUUCGAAUUUGCAAUACAUGAACGUAACUAGUCAUAUUUUCCGAAACGUGAUCUUCAAUAGUACUUUUUAAUGGGAGUAGAUCUUCUUUGUUGCAUCCUGUUUGUUCAUAGACUCAAUUGUUUACUAACAGCCUUUGAUACCUGAGACAGAAAAGUGAUGCCAUUACUGGAAAGCACAGUGAGUCAACCAAAGGAUGUUUCACAAGAUAGUGGACAACAUGUAAGUUCUCAAUAUUGGUGGUGUUACAUUAAUCAUCAACUUUAUGCUUAAGUUAAUCUGAAUGAUAAUCUCAAAGUGGUUCUGAUUGCAGAUAAGUGAUAUUUCACCAAGCAGAUUGCACAAAUCCAUGUCAGGUUCAAUCGUGAUUUUAAGUGUCCUAACAUUCUUUUUCAACUAAUGUCAUUGCCAUUCAGUUUGAUUUGAUCACAAUGAUCUUAUUAGGAGAAGUAUCUCUGGUUUAGCGUUUGUUGGUGCACAUAAACAUUAAACAAACAUUCAAAAGACCUGAACUAACCAGUGUUCACCAAUUUCGCCAACGCACAGGCGUUUCAGAUAUUUGGCUAUUUGAUUGUGCAGCGUCUCUUAGAACCAGCCCUUUCUGAAUUCGGAUGACCCUCAAAAUAACAGAGGACCUAUGGCGCGUCUUGUCGGUUUCUUCAGUUACCUUUAGGUCUCGGUACACAUCCAUUCCAAGAACUUAAUUCAGCGAGGCAUUAAUCCUACACAUAUGUCCUCCUUUUGGUGCGAUGGGCUGGCCAACAUGACGAGAUAACCAUCGAAUGGGCAAACUUUCCAGAAAAAUCGAUGUAUGUGGAACGUGGAUGCCGACGAGAGCCAGAGGACAUACAAAUUGGUUGGCCCAAUAAUUACAGAAAUUUCUAGAAGAGUGUCAGGGGACAUUCAAGAGCGAUGUCUUUCCAAAAGGCGUCGUCUUUGGUUGUCUGUCCUUGCACAGGUGACAUCUCUACGAUACAAAUAAAUCUGAAAUUCGUAAGAGCGUAAUUUGAAAAAAAACUCAACGACAUGCAGAAAAUGGACGGUGAACUACGCACGGAAGAUCUACCCGGAAAAAUGUUGAAAGAUGACCAUAAUAGGAGAACUACACUGACAGAAGUCGUCGUUCAACUAAAACCCAUAAACAACGUGGUUGCUGAAAAAGAAGCAGAAUUGCGUCAAUUAUGUGCUACUGAAUUUUCGCCUGCUUUAAUCAAAAACAUCAAAGACUUAAUUCACCUCGGAAUCGACGUGAAUGCAAAUGGAGAAGAAGAAAGGAACGCGAUGCAUUAUUUGUGCGAAUACAAUUCAAGUUCCAACCUAAUCGACGCUAUGAAACUGUUGGUCGAAGCCGGAAUCGACGUUAACGCAAAGGAAAAGGACGGAUGGAGUGCGCUCCAUUUUUUAUGUGAAAACAAUUCAAGUUCAAACUUGAUCGGCGCAAUCGAACUCUUGAUCCAAUCCGGAAUCGACGUGAACGCAACAGACAUGGAUGGAUGGAAUGCGCUUCAUUUUCUAUGUCGUUUUCAUUCAAGCUCAGACUUGAUCACAGCAAUUGAAAUCUUAAUCAAAAACGGAAUCGACGUAAACGCCAACGACAACAAAGGGUGGAAUGCGCUCCAUUUUUUGUGUCGACACAAUUUAAGCUCAACCUUAACCGACGCAGUUAAGAUCUUAAUUCAACAUGGGAUCAAUGUGAACACGAAGACCAACAAUGGAUCGAAUGCGCUCCAUUAUCUUUGCCGAAAUAAUUCAAGCUCGAACUUGAUCGACGUCAUUCGGAUCCUAAUCCAAAAGGGAAUACGCGUCAAAUGCAAUGGCCACGAUGCACGAUCUAUAUUACGCGGACGUCAUGGAAUAUGCAACCUGGACGGAAUCGUGAAAAUCCUGAACGUAGCAGCUCGUGGACAAGGUUAAGGCAACAAUGAUUAAACGCUCUUUCCGAACUUGAACGGUAAGUUAACCAAAACGUAUCCGUAGGUAGACUAAAUUUGUUUUUCCUAUUAUUUGUACUGUUGGCUGCAAUCAUUAUAUCUUUAAGGAGAAACAAUGUAGUUAGGGUAAAAGCUCAAAUAAAUCAUGUUGAAUAAUACAUAGAUUUACCUUU